AUGCCGUGGAGUCCUGACGAUAUAUCACUCCGUAUGAUUCGACUGGCGUUACCUAUCAUCAUGCCGGUGUUGGAGCAUGUCUGCAAUUACUCACUUACGUGCGGGAUCUAUCCUGAAGUCUGGAAAUCGGCUCUGAUCUGUCCUGUUCCUAAGAUCAAAAAUCCUGUGCUAGCUAACCAUUACCGGCCGAUUGCGAUCCUACCUACUCUGUCAAAGAUGCUCGAGCGUGUGGCGUGUGAUCAGAUCCGUGAAUAUUUGGAGAGGGAGGGUCUUCUGGAUUUUAGGCAUCGGCAUAUAGGAGAGGUCAUUCGACGCAGACUUAUCUGA